AUGGUUAGUCGUAACCUAACCAGUCUCGAUGACUGCGUGCUCAUCAAACAAAAUAUGAUGCUUUUGGAGAAUAUCACAGACCUACAGCGACCAGCAGUUGACUACUAUCACUUUGAUUUUUCGAGCGAGCACCCGCUGGCUAUGCCGCAAAGCUGGAAUUUGCUGUUGCAUAUGGGGAAGUACAAGCUGCUGAGACUCCCGUCGUGCUCUGCAGAAGACGAAUUCGAUUAUCAGAUGUACGUGAAAAGACUACACCAUUGUUUGUGGAGACGAUGGUCCAUUUCGUAUUUCAAACUUGGAGCCAAAAAAAUGGAUCCCGGAGCCAUCAACUGGAACAAAGAACAAGACUUCACCGUGCUCUACGGUCCGGACUUGUCGCUUGGUGAAGACUGCGACAAGGAAAUAGGGACGUGGGGAUUGUUAUCCAAGCAUACCGCGAAGUCAGAUGUACGAGGCGGUGACCUGGAUUCCGAUGUGGAAGAACUCGCAACGUGCUUUUCGUCGUCGCUUGAAUCUCGCGACUCAUCAAUCUUUGACCACGUUCCACACAAGCCUUGCCUCAGACAGAACUCUGACGAUCGUCGCGGCCGCGGCCAUGCCUUACAUUUUGAUGAUGAGGUGUUGCGGCGCGACAUAGAUUCCUAUGGAUCACUUUACGAACACAAAAUACACAUUAAUGACACCGAAGCUCAUUUGCAGGACUGUGAGUCGGAUCUGGAAUCCGAACCAGAACACGUACAAUACUCACACUAUUCCCCGGAUACUUGGGAUAGCGACAGUGACCUCGAUUUGGAGUUUACUUAA